AUGGGUGACACUACAUGUUUGGAUCCUACAUACACAUUCCAAGACUUCGAGACGUUCUCAAGGUGUUUCAGUUCAUGGAGAAACACCACUAAUUUCUCAAAAGCAGUUGUUUAUGUCGACACCCCCUUUGGGAAAGUUAUCGAUGGCUGUAUUCAAGAUUACUGCAACUUUACUAGCCCAGACCUUGGGGGUUGCACAUUACCUCAAAAGCACUGGAGCGACAUCUACCAGCUCAGAUCGCAUCCGAAUGUAAGCUUUGAGUCUUCAGCAUGCGCUGGACUGAAUAGUCGUGUUAAUACGGACAUAGCAGGCCCCGGGGUCAUUAUAUCUUAUAACAUGCAAAUCGUAAUGAUCGGAUUUCUUUGGCUGGCCAUACGGGCCUUGGACCUAAUCGAUUUCAAGAAUGCCAAGAAUAGCUGCAGCGGAGUGCGUUUGUAUCUUGCAAACCAUCGCUCCGUCGUCCGAAUGUUUCUGAUUGAAUUCCAAGAGGCUCAGUGCUUUUUUGUCAUUGCCAUCCAAAUUGCAUUUAUUUUUUCUAUGUCUGCAAAGCCCGAAUUAUAUGGUGCCGCUAGUUUGCGCCAGCUCUAUCUAAAUAUUGCAAUGACUAGAGCAGUCUGUCACAUGGCCCUUGCCUCCGUCACCUUUGGUCUCUGGCUAAUCCAAACGACCAAUGCCAAAUCUUUAUACACCUUCAUCUGCUCUUCUAUUACCAUUUGUCUAUCUAUUGCUGCAUUCCACAUGGUCGGCCACUGGUUACCAUCGCCGGACAAUGUCACGUUGCCCAAAAACGACCGCACCUGGACAAGGUGUGGUUUCCAUUCUCCUCCACUGGUGUGGUGCGCAGAUCGAUAUGGCUAUCAGGAGGUAGCCUGGUUCCUUCCAAUAGCCGUCUCUCUAUUUUGCUUUUCAAUGUGUUGUACGCUGUUUGAUUUACUGUCAGUUGGUCCACUAGCCAAACAAUAUCUUCGCGACAGCGAUUUCAAAUGGUUGCAGAAUGCCUACCACUGUGUGAACGGACUGCUCUUCUCAUCAAAAAAGGCUAAUUCCAGGUGGAGUUCCGAAGUUGAGCUUGUUCCAAAUGAAUGGAACCUCGGUCAGGUUAUGGCUGUGACAAUUUGGGCACCACCUAUUGUGAAGUACUUCUAUUGGUCACUGUUCGGGGUCGAGUCUUAUUCGGCCACCCGGAUUCCAUUACCGUACAAAAUCACAAAAACGGAUUCCAAUUCUUCUGAAUAA